CAGGUGUUGCACCUCUGCAGUGAAUGGAAUGCCUUGACACUGAUCGAUGAAGCAGACAUCUUCUUAGAAGCUCGCAGCACUUCGGAGCUUCAACGCAAUGCCUUGGUUUGUGUGAUGCUCCGACUGCUGGAGUACCAUCAAGGCAUCCUGUUUCUGACCACCAACCGUGCAAGCAACAUCGAUCCAGCAGUGCGUUCUCGGAUCACCGUUGCCUUGCACUACGAAGCCCUAAAUUUCUCUGGUCGUGAGUCGGUUUGGCGCAAUCUUCUGAAGAAGGUCCCGCAUGGAUCGGUGGAGCCUGCGAGCCUUGCCCGCCACGUGCUGAACGGCCGGCAGAUCAAGAGCUGUUUGGUCUUGGCCAUUGCCUUGGCUGCCGAGCGGAAAGAGAAGCUGUGUGAUGCCUUAAUCGAACGGGCUGUGGCAGUGGUUGGUGAGCCUAUGGCAGGCGAGGAUAAAGUCUUAGAGCCACAUCCCACGCGUCGCGUGCUGAUGCCCAGCCAAUCUGCAACUGCCUCGGGACCAUCGGGACUCUCCAGACCCUCCAGCACACCCAGGGAUGUGGGGCACCUUGCCACACCUCGCUUGUCCAGAGAAGGUCUUUUGCAGCCGAAGAGUUCGGUGCAUCCCGUGCUUCCCAGCUCGAUGAUGCACACGCCUACAGCUCAGAGUGCCACAUCAAUUUCUUGGGCCCGCGAUUCGCGCGAUCUUCGAUCUCACGGGGUGUUGGGUCAUGACUCCAUGCCCUUUGCGGUCCCCAUUCGCAUCCCGGACCCGGCGGCCUUUGGUGCAUUGGGCUAGUCGUUCUUGACGUGAGGCAUGCAUUGUGUCCUGGAUUUGGUGGAUGCCUAGAUUGAUUUUCGCAAAGUUCGAUGCUUGUUUUGCCCAAAGGCAGGCAAUAGCCGCAAGCAAGACGCAAUGCGACGGAAGAAAA